AUGUGCGUCAGCAAUACUCACCUGGCAGAGUGCAUGUCCUUCGGCCCUGCCAGCAUACACCUUGUUAGAUCUUACAGCCUCUUUGACCAACCAGGCGGAUACCGCUCCGAGGGUCUGCGACGUGGCAAAGAGCUCAUUGAAGGCGAGAGGAUGGGGAGGACUCUCAGCUUUGCAGCUUUGAGUGAUUCCACGUCGGUGCGUAGAGAGGCGUCUCUUCUGCUCGCGAGUCUUGCUCCGUACUGCCGCCACCUCCUCGAAUUGGCUAUCCUCGGUCAAUUGCGAUUUGGUGCUCGUGCCGCUGGCUUGUCCUUCAUGAGUUGUGUCCCGUUCUUCCUUUGGGUGCACUUUCUCUGCCACAAGCGCUCCAUUCGAAGCUGUUUCCAGCGACAACUCGCCGUGUCGCAUCGAAGUUUGAAUAGACUGGGGCUCCGACGAGGGCAUGAUGCAACGUGCAGGCAUGAAAGAUGCCCCGCGGCAGAUUCGUCUGUGCAAAUGGAUAUUGUGAUGUCGUGUCUGGUGGGAGCAGAUGGCCACGGUGCCGCCUUCUACUUGGUCUGCGGCCGUCAGAAGGAGCAGAUGUGCGGAGGCUUGCACCUCUCCCACGCGCGAGGAUUUGCAGAAAUCUACCAGCCACACGUAUACACCACAGCGAUCAUCACCAAAGACUGGAAUGACAGCCUGCAGCAGCAGCGAUUUGUGACGUUGCGCCACCAAAUGUGCGAUUCGAGCGAGGGGAGCGACACGCUGCGGCGGCGACUCAUCGCAAGACGAGGGCGAGACAAGCGACAGCAGCGAGAGGCCAUAGGGAUGGAGGCGCAGGGUGAGCGGAGGUGA